CCCACCAGUCUGCACACACACUCACACAGAAUGAGUGCCAUUGACAAGACCUGCGCCGAUUGUCUCAUAAUCUGCUUGCCAAGUGUCCCAAUUGCUCACAAAGCAGCUCAAAUACCCAAUCUGGUGUCUUGUACGGUGCCACCAAGUCACUGUGCGCAGUUCCAUAUGAGCCUUGCUGUGACAAUUGACGCACAAUUCCCCAAAAGGAAGCGUCAAGUUUGGAGUUGGGUGAUCUGUGCGUGGUUACCGGAGCGCUACAAGGGGUUAGGACUCUCGCUGGAUGAGAAAGUACACUGCCAUAAGACAGAAGUUAGGAGCCAUUCGUUUGAAUUUGCGUGUGGUAUCACCUUGCAGCAAAUAUACACCAUGUACCACGGAGAAGAUGCUCGGUCCAACAACCCUUACUCCGACCAGGGCUUUGGACAUGGAGGGGGUAAUCUCCAUCCUCCCGGAUCUAAUGCUUACCACGGAUCGGGGUACGAACCUUCUCGAAGAAGACAGCUGCCUGGAGAAGCCGUGAGGUUGCACUGCAGAGCAGAUCCUAAUUUCUGCCUGGCAGCAAUUCCAGGUCAAGGACCGGUUAUGGUCCCCAACAACGAGAGCGACGCUUACCAGGUCUGGUACAAGGACGAAUCCAUGAGCAAUCGAGUGAAAGAUGAAUCUGGAGCCCAUGCGUUCUCCCUGAUCAACAAGGCUACAGGCGAGUGUUUGCGCCAUCCACCCGAGGACCUGCAGCAGUGUUUGUUGGUGGUGUAUGAGCCAAAUGCUCAGGACGAGUCCGUGUUGUGGACGAUGAGUGAGGACAUGGGGCAAGGUUAUCGCUGUAUCCGCGUGGUGACGUCGAUCACGAGGAACUUGGAUGUUCUGCGUGGCGACAAAAAGUCGGGUGGAAUGAAGAACGGAUCAUCUGUGAUCACGUUUGCGUGGAAGAACCAGGACAACCAAGUAUGGAAGAUGACUCCUGUUGGUCCUGGAAUCGGUGGCUCGGCAGCCCAGCCCUCAAUAUAUCCGUCCGCCCCUGGAACCGGGGUGGGGGUGAGUGCAGACUACGAGCCCCCUCGACGACGGCAGCUACCUGGACAUGCGGUGAGGCUGCAUUGCAGAGCAGAUCCUAACUUCAGCAUCGCCGUUAUCCCAGGCCAAGGAACGAUCAUGGUGCCGACUAAUGCCAGCGAUGCUCACCAGAUUUGGUACAGAGACGAGUCCAUGAGCAAUCGAGUGACAGACGAAUCAGGAGCCCAUGCCUUCGCCCUGAUCAACAAGGUUACAGGCGAAUGUUUGCGACAUCCACCUGAGGACCUGAAGCAGUGUUUGUUGGCGGAUUAUGAGCCGAAUGGUCUGGAUGAGUCGGUGUUGUGGACGAUGAGCGAGGACAUGGGGCAAGGGUAUCGCUGCAUCCGCGUGGUGACGUCGAUCACAAGGAACUUGGACGUUCUUCGUGGCGAUAAGAAGUCGGGCGGCGUGAAGACGGGAUCGCCUUUGAUCACGUUUGCUUGGAAGAACCAAGACAACCAAGUGUGGAAGAUGACUCCUGCUUGAAUAAAUAGAGUUGGUGAAGAGGAUCGGAGAUAUGGAUGUGGGGAGGAUGUGAUGCGAGAUAUGGUGCAGGCUCUUGAGCAACUUUGAAUCGCAGCGAAUGGGACGAUGAGUCGUUUGAAUAAGGAAGCUGUAAUGGUUGCGGUUGGUUCUAAAUAUACUAAAGGUGGAAGUUGGGCACUGAUGAGAGGUAGCAGGUGUUGAAGCAGUGUUGUGUAUCAGCUAUAGCUGAGGUUACACUGUGAUGGAUGUAGUGUUAGUAUCAUUUUGUUGUGCACAGCAACAUAGUUCUUGUUAGAUACGUUGAGGGUGAUGGUAUGGCACAUUUUGGCACAGAUUGUCGUCGGAUGUAGGUCAUGCGAUUGCGGACAUGUGAUGGAGUGAUAUCCAGCCUUUUGGAUAAGCUGUGUGUCCGUGGAACUGUUUUGCUUUAUGCAUCAGGAGCAGCGUUGUCUCAGGCAAACAUAACUCAGUAUCUGUAUGAUAGAUCUGGUGGGGAGUUUUACGACAAACUGUUAGUAUGUAAUCACGGAAAAUAAUGUGGCUAUGUGUCAGUUGAUAGAUAUCACAUCGAAUUUGUGCAGCGUGUGCAGCUUGUACAAACUACAUUUGUACUUGUGGGGUAGUUCAUCACUGUAGCAAGUUUUGUGGGAGCGAUUUGUAACUUUCAUCGGAGCUGGUAAUUUUAAAGAUUUCUGGAUGAGUUUUGGAGGUACUUAUAUUAAAGGUACUUAUAUCAACAUAA